AUGACGGGUGUUGUGGACUUCCCAUGGUGUGUGGACUGCCCAGAAACCGUUCAGCAUGCGUUGUUUGAUUGUCACACUGUUCGUGAUCUUUGGGUGGAGUGCGAUUGUGUGGAGAUGUCGAUUUGGCCAACUGGUAUGUUUUUUUUGGAUUUAGUUGAAUCAUGGAGCAAGUUGGAUGCAAAGAAGGUGAGUAGAGGUGCGAUUUUAAUGUGGAAUCUGUGGAAACGGAGAAACGAGAUGAUCUUUAAUGGCAAGGAAGUUUAUCAUCCCGUCUUUGUUGAACGUACUCUCCGUCUUGCGGCUGACUGCAACACUUACAUGAAGAAGAUAUACAGAGGGGUCAAAAGGAAUCCAUGCCGCAGCCCCAAAGUAUGGAAAGCACCACCAGAAGGUACUGUUAAACUCAAUUGUGAUGCUUCUUUGUGUGAUGAUGGAUGGGUAGGAAUGGGGGUGAUUGCUAGAGAUUGGAAGGGGGACGCCCUAUUUGCUGCUGCCAGAAGAGUGAGAGCUCAUUGGCCUCCAAUUAUUGGGGAAGGGAAAGCGAUUGCUUUGACUAUGAAACUAGCAAAACGCUUCGGCUUGACAGAGAUUAUAAUUGAAUCGGAUAGCCAAGUUCUCAUCAAUCGCUUAAACAAAGCUUCGAUCUUCUUCACUGACCUUGAUGCAAUUCUGGAUGAGAUUUUAUCUUCUUGUUUUUCUUUUACCUCUGUUGUUUGGUGUCAUGUUAAACGGGUCGGUAAUGUUGUGGCUCUUAAUUUAGCCCGUUUAACGCCUUUUGGUGUAGAACAAGUGUGGGAGAACCACGUCUUUUGUAUUGUCAUGUCUGUUUCAGUUUUCGACAUUCUAAAAAAUUAA